ACCUUUGUGCCUGGCUUGUGUGGACUCUUCCGGGAAGAGAAGUCGUGGAAUCCUGAGCCUCAGACAGACAGUCCCAGACUCAAGGGUUAGGCGUGAUCACUAAUGGGCAAAGGGUUUGGGUUCCUGAGGAGAACCUGCCAGUCAAUCGUGGCUGAGCCUCAGUGCCCCUCAGAACUGAAGGAAGAGAAGAGUAUGACAAGGAAGAGGGGCCUGUCUAGAGAACACUGCAGUGCCUGGGACCGGCCUCAUGGCCUGGUUGGUUUACACAACAUCGGGCAGACCUGUUGCCUUAACUCCCUGAUUCAAGUGAUGAUAAUGCAUGAGGACUUCAGAAAGAUAUUGAAGAGGGUACCAGUGCCUCGGGGCCUAGAAGAGCAGAAGAGGAGUGUCCCCUUUCAGUUGCUUUUGUUGCUGGAGAAGAUGCAGGACAGCCGGCAGAAAGCAGUGCUGCCCAUGGAGCUGGCUUGCUGCCUCCAGAAGUACAACGUGUCCUCCUAUGUCCAGCACGAUGCUGCUCAUCUCUUCCUUACAAUCUGGAACCUGACUAAGGACCAGAUCACUGAUGUGGACUUGGCAGAGCAGCUGCAGGUUCUGUUCACAAUCUGGACAAAGGAGUCCCUGAUCUGUUUGGGCUGUGGUGCGGAGAGCAGCAGAAGCAGUAGGCUGCUCACCCUCUCUCUUCCUCUUUUUGAUGUGGACUCAAAGCCCCUGAAAACGCUGGAGGACGCCCUGCGCUGUUUCUUCCAGCCCAAAGAGCUAGCCAGCCCAGACAAGUGCUUCUGUGACCACUGUGGGAAGAAGACGCCUAGGAAACAGGUUUUGGAGCUGACUCAUCUGCCCCAAACCCUGACCAUCCACCUCAUGAGAUUCUCCACCAGGGAUUCACGGACAGAGAAGGUCUGCCACUCUGUGUACUUUCCUCAGCGCUUGGAUUUCAGUCAGGCUCUGGCAACCGAGAAAGAGCUUGGUGAUACCAAGGAACAGCCCGAAGUACGGUAUGAGCUCUUUGCUGUGAUUGCCCAUGUGGGGAUGGCUGACUUUGGUCAUUACUGUGCCUACAUCCGGAAUUCUGUGGAUGGAAAAUGGUUCUGCUUCAAUGACUCACAUGUUUGUUGGGUGACCUGGGAGGAUGUCCAGUGUACCUAUGGAAAUCACAGAUAUCGCUGGCGGGAAACUGCUUAUCUCUUGGUUUACAUGAAGAUUGGACCCUGAUGGAUAAACUCACACCUUCUUGGAAUGACAGACUCUUAUUUUCCUUUUCCAUACCCAUGUUUGCUGCAUAUUCAAUGAGAAUCAUAAUUUAAAAGACAUAGUAGUUUAUUUAUAAGCAAAAGUUAAUAUUGCUAUUGCUUGGAUGUGGCUUGUCUCCACAUACAGGAGGCAUGGUUCAUAGCACUUCAAUGAUUAGAUGGUAGAUAGACCUUUAAGAGACAGGGUCCGGUAGGAGGUAAUUGGUCCAUGGGAUCUCUCUCUUCUGUGCACUAAUAGUUCUUUUUCUGUUUCUCUACCAUGCUGUGAUGCAACCACAGGGGUCCACAACAUGAUACCAGUGCCAUGCUGGUUGGAUCCUCCAGCCAUUAAAAUUUUGAGUUAAAUAAAUGUUAUCAGAAAUGA